AUGACCGCUAACAAUGACGAUGAUAUCAAGUCACCCAUUCCCAUUACCAACAAGACCUUAUCCCAAUUGAAACGCAUUGAGAGAAGCCCAGGAAGGCCCAGCUCUUCUCAAGGUGAGAUAAAACGUAAAAGGUCUAGGCUGUUUGCCCCAGACGGAAGACCGCAUUCUCCGCUAAGAGCAAGAUCUGCUACCCCAACGCUGCAGGAUCAAAAACUAUUCAAUGGCAUGGAUUCCACGUCCCUUUUGAAUGAAAGAUUACAGCAUUAUACGCUGGAUUAUGUUAGCGACAGGGCGCAACAUAUGAAGAAUAUAUACGAUCCGACAUCUCGGUGGUUCAGCAGAUCAGCGAGACCUGAAUUUCCCAUUGAAGAGUUUUUACCAUAUCAGACAGAAAGUCAUGGGGAGCAAGCGAAAUAUUUGUGCCAUGUCUUAGUUAACCUUUACAUUGCCAUCAGCUCAUUAGAUAUACAAGGCUUGAUUUCUAUUUCCAGUAAAGACCUGGCCGAUUUGAAAAAGGAGGUGGAUGAUCUAGCUCUUAAGACCGAUCUUUUCAGAUUAUCUAAUAAUACGGCAGAGAAUGACUUACUUGGUAACGAUAUCGCCGACUACGAUGACGCGGAAGGCCUGGAGGACGAAAUGGAUGAAUACUUCGACUUAGCAGGCCCAGACUUCAAUGCCACGGGCAGAAUUACUGCUAAGUCGGCUACCAUUGUGAAUGUAAACCAUUGGACCAAUGAACUCAAGAAUUGUCUACAUUUUGAUUUUCCAGUGGCUCUAAGAAAGUCACUUGCGACAGUUUAUUAUUAUUUGUCUCUUGUCCAAGGCCAAAAGGUGUAUAGGCAAAUGCACGUCGAUAUGUUUGAAAGAUUAGUAAGCCUUGAUGAUGACAGAACAAAUUUCACUGAACUGUUGCAGAAACACGGCCUUUUGCUAGAUCAUCAAAUCAUGCUCAAUUUUCUGUGCGAAUUUUUACCUUAUCCAGAUCCUGACUAUGCUCGUUAUGAACUAUCAUCGAAGGAAGAUUUACAAUUAUUUAGAUUGCUUUUGAAGCACGCACAUAAUGCAAAACCAUUUUUCGAUAAGUCAAAGGAAAAUCUAUUAAUUGACACGAUGAAUUUUCUGUUGUCCAGUCUUGCGCCAUCUACGAUGAUGGCUGUCAUGCCUAUUGUUACAUCCAUUGUUCCUUAUCAUUACCAUAUACAUUCUAAGAUUAUUGAUUAUUUCCCGUUUUGCUAUAGCAUCUGGAGCUCAGUCAGUGCAAACGUGGCCAUCGACACUCACAUGUAUGAUUUUGUUGGGUCGAUUUCCAAAGACGUUCACAAUAAAAUUUUAGGCAGUGAUCAUGAAAAUGAUAUAAUUGGAGUGGAGUUUGGAAAAUUCGGAAUUUUUACUGAUGACCAAAUGACUUUUAUGUUCAAUAGGCUACAAGGCCAUCUUAGAACAGACGGUCAAAUACAUUCGUAUUCCCGCACGGUAAAGCCUUUUAUUUAUGCUAUAAAUGGAUCUAACAAGGGUAAGUUUUUUGAGAAACUAUUGAGUUUAGCCAAAGCAAUCGAAACAUUUAUUCAUCCCUCUAAUAAUGGGUUUUGGACUAAGCCGAAUGCUAAAUUCGUCCAUGCGUUUAUCAAGUCUUACCACGGAAGGGUUAAAUAUGAGGGAGAUGUUUGUGCCAAUGAUGUUACAAAUGGGAUAUGUUUAACUUCCUCCUGCCACGAAGAAAUUGUUGAGAUAUUCCUAAAUAUUAUUAGUCUGGGUUCACAGAAUAAAAACCCUGAUAUUGCCAAUUAUUACAUCUCUUGCUUCGCUUAUCUGUUAGAACUGAAUCCUUCAAAUGCAUAUUUAAUUUUUGACAAAAUACUGAUAGAUUUGUAUGAUACACUGGCUGAUCAAUUUAUUAAUUCGAGACACAGGAUAAUUUCCUCUUUAAAACAAUUUACAAGAGUAAUUCGAUUUAUUGUGAUGGACAAGCUAUACCGGGUGCAUAUAACAAACAUCCUUUCGAUGCUAGUCUCCAAACUUGAUAUGAAUGACACUAAUUUAACAAGCAACCUCAUCAACGGUAUUGUAUCCAUAGCCGCUUUCAUCCCUAUCCAAACUCUCGCUGGAGAAGAGGAUUAUAUAUCGUUUGAAUCAGAUACUCUUCCUUUAGUUCAACAACAUUUUUAUCACAUUAAAAGCGGCGAAAGUUCGAAGACCUUUCAAGUUGACGAUAAACUGUUAAAUAGCGCUUUUAAAGCUUCCACUACAAUUUUUGAAAGUAUGCUGAAAGUAUACGUAGAAAAGAUUUUCCAAUUAGUCGAUGUAGACUUAGAGGACUCCUUGGUCACUAAAAUAAACCAAACAACCAUGAUUUUACAAGAGUCUAUGGACGAUAAAAUAUUCAAUUAUUUUGCUGCUUUAUUACAGAGAAACUUUUGGAGUAAUGACUCCUUCAAGGAAAAGGAUCCAAACUAUGAAUUAGUAACUAUCCCAUUAGCGGCUUUAAUUAGAAGGAAUAAUGCUUUAAGUAAAGACUUGGUCAGAAAUCUUUUAUUCCAUGUCAAAGAACAGAUCAAAAGAGGCGCCGGGUCUGUGAGAAGUACUUCCGAAAUUCAACAGAGAGAUGUUAAGUUAGUUUUGUAUUUGACGGCACUAAACGAUGUCUUAAGACAAUGUCAUGAGUCUCUAUUGGAGUAUAGCGAUGAGUUGAUAACAUUCAUGAAAUAUUUAUACGACAACGUAACUAACCCACCGCUGGACGUUAUUACAUCUAUUGUUAUUCACAGUGCCUUAGCAACUCUAUGUACCACUGAAAUAACUGACUGUCGUCUAUUUCCGGAAGACUCUAAAAUCCCCGAAAAGGACAGAUGGGGGGGACUACAGUUCGAUCCUAGAAGAUUUGAUAAACAGCAUUUAAACUUUCAGUGGCAUGUACCUUCUAGUGAUGAGAUAACCCUAUCCAUAGGCAUUCUAGAAAGUCUUACCGAAUACUGUAUCAAUAACGUAGAAGAACUGAUGAGAGCUCCACGAAAUGAUUCCGAAUAUGGAGAUAUGAUACAAAAAUAUGUCUUAGUUAUGACACAUACCCUUUCCGGGUCAAGUUUGCUUUUUGAUCCUGAUUUUAAUAAAUAUAGAACACAAUCAAACUUGUCAUACAGAGAGAAACUGGUUUUGUUGAAGAAUAUCCGUGAAAACAACUGUGAUCCUCAAGAACUGGAUAUUGAUAUUGAACAAAUUCGUUCUGGCAAGGACGAUGAAGACUAUAUUGAAAGCAAGGAUAUUGAAGCAGGACUGAAUGCAGGUGUUUCUGAUGUUGUGCAGUUGAGAGAUGAGUUUCCGGAUGAAUUAAUUGUUGAUGAUCCAAUGGUGUCUGAGAUGCCUUCUGGUGUGAAUACCCCUAUUGCGAGUGCACAUGGCGCUGACAAUUCAUCUAUGAGUUCGGAUCUUGCCUUCAGAGAUUUAGAUAUCUAUAGCUGUAAUUAUUACUUUGGAAAUACCACCGAGGAGAAGCUACAAAACCCACAGUACAUACAAGUUCACAGAGUAAGAGCACGCAUUGGACAUUUCUUUCACAAGCUAUAUGUUUUUCUAUCUACCAACUUUGAAAACAACACUAAUAUGUUCCAGAUUUUAUUGCAUGGAUUAAAAGUUUGGUUUACAGACCUGGGACAAGAAACAGUCUUCAAUGAAGACCCGAAUGCCUUCAUUGACGUUGAUUUCCUAGAAAAUGUUCAAUCUCUCUCGCACGUAAACGAGCCUUUCACGAGAACCAAUUUUGCGAUUAGAGCAAACAGUUUGCACCAAAGUAGGGUUCUAUUACAUUCAACAAAUAGAAAAGGUUCUAAGCUGGAGAACCUUUUGUUGGUUGACAUCAUACACUUAGCAACAUCCCUUUAUCCCGAUAUUUAUAAACCAGCACAAGGAACCUUGGUACAUUGUAUGAAGCAGUUAGUUGGGUCAUAUGGUGUAGUCAUCAAUAAAGUUAUUCCAUUGUUAGAGAAAGCGAUUAGGGAUCAUGAUUAUAUGAAAAUUCAAGUUAUUUUGAAUGUGUUAUUGAUUAAGAAAAUUCAUAGAAAGCUUAUGACGGAUUAUAAAGACAUCGACAAAUUGGUUUUUCUGCUUAUUGAAUGUUGUCGUGUGAAUGAAUUAGAAAUUGGUAUGUAUGCGGAUAAGAUCUUAACUGAUAUAGUGAUUGGAAUUAAGAUUCCUUCUAGUGUAUGUGUCAUUUCCGAUGAAGCUUUCUUACCUUUAGCACCUCCUGAUGGUACCAUUAAUUUGCAAGUUGAGGCAGUAAAGCUUGCCAAAAAGAAAAAGCGUGAAUACUACCUUUCGCUGUUAGUCGAUUUGCAGAACAAGCUUUUAGAUAAACUGGAUAAUGAGGAAGAGAUGGGGUGGAAGAUAAAAAUGUUUAUUUUGCGUUUUGUUACGCAGGUGCAAUCAAAUCUGGAAAGCAAACCCGACAAAAGGGCAGUAUUUUCCAUAACCUCACAGAUCUCCACAAAACAUCCAGAAAUUAUACAUUUGGUUGUUAAGUCAUUGUUGUCAACGUGCAACAAGAUAAUAUCUCUAUCUGACUAUGAAUACGACAUCACUAGGGCCUAUAAGAAUGAAUUCAAUCCAUCAUUCGUUGAAAUACUGGAUACCUCGGAUACAAGCUUCCCUAAGACCUUUACCAAAGAGAUGAAUAACUUCGAUAACCCCAAGUAUUUUAUUGAUUCAAGAGCAUAUGUCGGCUGGCUAUGUUGGGGAAGACCUAUGUACGUCAUGUCGUCGAAAGCUUUAAGCCUUAAUUUACGUGAGAACGAACUAGAAGUCCUGAAGACCACUGGUCGCUUAUUGACAAAAGGAUUUCUGAAGGAUGUCACAAUGAAUUUGGUCCAGGAUAAUGAAACAAGGGGAGUUUUUAGCAGUGGUAACGUAUCAUUUUUUUCUUUGGUAAUCCUUUUGAUAUCAUCCGGUUUCUGUGAACUAAGUGUGUCGGAUCUUUUUGAACUAUGUGAAUCGUACUAUAACAAGGACGAUAAAGCUUCGAUGAUUAUGUCUGUCGAGAUAGUGGCUGGUUUAGUUUGCGGAAGUAAGUUUUUGACGGUCUCUGAUUUGGAGAAACGCGACGUUUUUGUCGAGAACUUCCUGGCUAAAUGCCUAGAUUAUGAAUUGAACCACGACGCAUUUGAAAUUUGGAGCACCUUGGCAUGGUGGUUACCUGCUGUCGUUGAUCUAAGAAGAUCUAAAACAUUUUUUAGUCAUUUUAUCAACGCCGAUGGCAUGUUCGACCGUGAAUCCGAUGCAGCUACACAUCAGACCUCUAAAAUUUACAUGUUAAGAAGUAUUUUGAUGAGUAUGGAGUUUAGAGCACCAGAUGUUCGUAAACUGUUUAAUGAGUUGGUAUUUGAUCAUCCAUACGAUCAGGUUCGUCAGGCCGUUGCUAAACUAUUGACCACUUUAGUUCAAAAUCAAAGCAAUCCGUCAUUUUCAGAUCCAACGACAUUGUUAGAAGCGGAACUGAAUGAUCCAGAUGGAUUAGGGUUACCAUUAAAAAGGGUUCCGGAAAAAGUGGAUGCGUAUAUCAAGAAGCAGUUUGAGAUUAUUAAAAAUCUGGAACAUUCCGUUAUCGGCUUGAGCCCUCAAGAUUUUAUGAAGACAGACUAUUUUUACAGGACAUCCACAAUGUUUUAUUGGAUCAAAGAAAUGGCGAGAGGGCCUAAUAAAGUUUUGUUGGUCCCAUAUUUAGUGGACUACGUGCUGCCAUUUCUGAUCAGUUUAGUGAAACACAAAGAUGUUUGUGCUCUUGCCAGUUUAGAUCCUGUUCGAUUGUAUGCUGGCUUAGGCUAUAUGCCGAUCAGGAAGAACCACGUGGCCGCCAUUGUUGAUUAUGUCUGUUCAUCAAACGUAGCCCUGUCGUCAAACCAAACAAAACUGCAGUUGGCCUUCAUCCAACACUUUCUAUCGGCAGAACUGCUUCAACUUACUGAAGAAGAAAAGAAUAAAAUUUUGGAAUUUGUUGUCAGUAAUCUGUAUAACGAGCAAUUUGUAGAAGUGAGAGUUCGUGCGGCAUCCAUCUUGUCUGAUAUUGUACAUAACUGGAAAGAAGAGCAGGCAUUGUUGAGUCUGAUCGAGAGGUUUGCGAAGGGGCUUGACGUCAACAAAUACACCUCGAAAGAAAGACAAAAGUUAUCCAAGACGGAUAUCAAAAUUCAUGGUAGCGUUUUGGGUUUGGGAGCUAUUAUAUCGGCCUUCCCAUACGUUUUCCCCCUACCGCCAUGGAUUCCUAAGCAACUGAGCAAUUUAUCCUCGUGGGCUAGAACUAGCGGUAUGACUGGACAAGCUGCGAAGAAUACCAUUAGUGAGUUCAAGAAGGUGAGGGCUGACACUUGGAAGUUCGAUAGAGCAUCUUUUAAUACGGAAGAACUGGAAGACCUGGAAGGUGUCCUAUGGAGAAGUUAUUACGCUUGA